UAAAAACCAACAAAAAUUUAAAUUUUGCAAUAUUUUAUAAAUUUUCGCAAUUGGUUUUUUUUUAUUGAAAGAAUUCAUUUGAGUUUUUUUGCUAUAUCUUAGAUAUAAAUUCUUUGUAAUUACCAAAAUAUAAAUAAAUUAUCCAAUUCACUAUUGCUUGUAGAAUUUUCAUAUUUUCAAACAUUAAACGCUUAUAAAAUGAAAAGCUUAUUCAAGCCAGAUCCUUCAAAGCAAAAUAAAGAAUAGGAUGCCCAAAUUAAAGAAAUUAAUAUCUCAUCUAAAGAAGAGAAAGAUGAUAGUCAAUAAAAAUAGGAUUAAAGGUUAAAGAAAAGGACUGGCACUGGAUUGUCUCUUUUUGCUAAAGAAAGUAAAAAACAGUAAGAAGACAUGGGCAAAGAUGAUAAAUAAAAAGAUUAAAAAAGUAAGGAUUCUCAAAAGAAGGCAAAAUAAACAAUUAAAUUAGAAGACUUGCGUUUCAUACUUUCAAAAGAUAGGUCUCUUGUUUCAUCUCUUGGAAAUCAGUUUAAAUCAUACAUAAAGAACUAGCAAAUAUACAUUUAAAAAGAACUCAAAAAUAUAAAUUUUUGCAGAUAAAAAAUUAUCGCUGUAGAAGAAAUAGAGACUACUAAGCUUACUUUUGAGAAGUACUGUAAUGCUUAAGAGUUAUCUCUCAAAUAGUUAAGUGAAUUUAUUAGCUUUUUAUAGAAUUCAGCUAUUCCAUCAGUGAAUUAUUUGCUAGAGUAGGUUAGGAUUCUAGAAUUUUUAAUCAAUGAUUUUGAAAUACAGCUAAAAGAAUUGUUUACAAUGGAUGAGAAUAUAUAAAAAUUUAGCUAAGAAGAAGGCAAGCAAAAUGAAAUUUUGUAGCUUUAGUAGGCUUAAGAAAAAUUAGCAAUUAAUGCCGAAUACUCAGGUACUAAGUUAAAAAAUAAGCUUUAAAUAUAUGUCAAGGAUAGAAACGAUGAAGUAAGAGAGUUGGUCUUGCAUCUAAAUAAAUGCAAAGUUAAUUAUCAUGGUUAAAGUUUGACUUUCUUCAGUACAUUUUUCUUUGAUAUUCUGAUGUAUGAUUAGAUUGAAGAAGUUUAAGAUUAAAAGCUAUUAAAAGAGAAGCUAUAAUAAAAAUAGCAAAAGGCUCCAGUAAAAUCUUAUAAAAAGCAAUGCAAGAAAAUCCUAAAAGAAUAUCUAAAGGAAAAAAAUGUUGACAAAUAUAUCCCUGAUAGUGACGAAGAAGAAUUUGACAUGAGAAUUGAUACAGCAAAUGAGCCAUAAAAAGAAAUUUAAGUUUCUGAUGACGAUUAAUCUGUAAAUAAUGAUCAAAAUGGAGAAAAUUAAUUUGAAAAUUAAGAAAAUAAACCCUCUAUUGCUGAAGAUAAAUUGGAUCCAAUUAUUGAAAAAAUGAAUUUAGAUCAUUAAAUUGAAAAAACUAAGGAAGUUCCAAAGGUUAAAUCAGUACUGAGAUUAUCAAAGCUUCAAUUAUGA